CGGCCGCAGGCCCCCGGGCUGGAUAGUUAGUCGCGCGGCCGCUUCCCCCCGGGCUGGGCCCCCGCCGUCCCGCGUUCCACCGAGCGCCAGGCCCCCGGGGGGAGGGUGGGAGGGAGGGAGCAGGGCCGAUCGGCGCCAGCGGAGCACGGCGGGACCUACGGAGCCCCGCGACCCGCCGAGCCUGGAGCCGGGCCCGGCCGGGGAAGCCGGCUCCAGCCCGGAGCAAACUUCGUCGCCGGGCGGGGGGUGGCGGGGACCCCGUCCGGAGCCGGAGGAGGGGGCGGCCGGGGGCCCUCCCGCCCCUGCUCCCGCGUCUCCCGGCACCAUGCUGUCCAACUCCCAGGGCCAGACGCCGCCGGUGCUGUUCCCCAACCCGCCACCGCCGCCGCCGCAGCCCCCUGCCCCGUCCCAGCCGCCGCCGCAGCCCCCGCAGCAGUUCCCCCAGUUCCACGUCAAGUCGAGCCUGCAGAUUAAGAAGAACGCCAUCAUCGACGACUACAAGGUCACCACCCAGGUCCUGGGGCUGGGCAUCAACGGAAAAGUUUUGCAGAUCUUAAACAAGAGGACCCAGGAAAAAUUCGCCCUAAAAAUGCUGCAGGACUGCCCGAAGGCCCGGCGCGAGGUGGAGCUGCACUGGCGGGCCUCCCAGUGCCCACACAUCGUGCGGAUUGUGGACGUCUAUGAGAACCUGUAUGCGGGGCGGAAGUGCCUGCUGAUCGUCAUGGAGUGCUUGGAUGGUGGCGAACUCUUUAGCCGAAUCCAGGACCGGGGAGACCAGGCGUUCACAGAAAGAGAAGCUUCAGAAAUCAUGAAGAGCAUUGGUGAGGCCAUUCAGUAUUUGCACUCAAUCAACAUUGCUCAUCGGGAUGUCAAGCCUGAGAAUCUCUUAUACACCUCCAAAAGGCCCAAUGCCAUUCUGAAACUCACCGAUUUUGGCUUUGCCAAGGAAACCACCAGCCACAACUCAUUGACCACUCCUUGUUAUACGCCAUACUAUGUGGCUCCAGAAGUGCUGGGCCCAGAGAAGUAUGACAAGUCCUGUGACAUGUGGUCCUUGGGUGUCAUCAUGUAUAUCCUGCUCUGUGGGUAUCCGCCCUUCUAUUCCAACCACGGCCUUGCCAUCUCUCCGGGCAUGAAGACUCGUAUCCGAAUGGGCCAGUAUGAAUUUCCCAACCCAGAGUGGUCAGAAGUGUCAGAGGAAGUGAAGAUGCUCAUCCGGAACCUGCUGAAAACAGAGCCCACCCAGAGGAUGACCAUCACGGAGUUUAUGAACCACCCCUGGAUCAUGCAAUCAACAAAGGUCCCUCAAACCCCACUGCACACCAGCCGGGUCCUGAAGGAGGACAAGGAGCGGUGGGAGGAUGUCAAGGAGGAGAUGACCAGUGCCUUGGCCACAAUGCGUGUCGACUACGAGCAGAUCAAGAUAAAAAAGAUUGAAGAUGCCUCCAACCCUCUGCUUCUGAAGAGGCGGAAGAAAGCCCGGGCCCUGGAGGCUGCAGCCCUGGCUCACUGACCCCCACAGCCCGUCCUUCUCCACUGGAGGACAAGCAAUAACUCUCCACCUGAAUAUUUUUUUUAAAUGAGGAGACACAGAACUGUCCACUGCUGCCUCCCCUGCUCCUCGGCUGCACGGAGCCUGGAGCCUCGAGAGAGGCCGAAUUCUGCCUUUGGUUCUGGCCGCCCCAGCCAGGGAGAGGCUGGGAGGGCUGGAGGGCAUGGAGGGAAGGGAGCAAGAUGCUCUUGAACCUGUGCUCAUUUUGCAGUUUUAUCAGUAAUUUGA